AGGCGGAAGUGGCUGCCAGCUGACGGAUCCUAGUAACAUGGCGGCUACGACUACCUCACCCGCCCUGAAGCGGCUCGAUCCGCGGGACGCCGCAGCGCUUUUCGAGACUCACGGGGCGGAGGAAAUCCGUGGGCUAGAGCGCCAGGUUCGGGCCGAGAUCGAGCACAAGAAGGAGGAGCUGCGGCAGAUGGUGGGCGAACGGUACCGCGACCUGAUCGAGGCGGCCGACACCAUCGGCCAGAUGCGCCGCUGCGCCGAGGGGCUGGUGGACGCGGUGAAGGCCACCGACCAGUACUGCGCCCGCCUCCGCCAGGCCGGCUCGGCCGCGCCCCGGCCCCCGCGGGUCCCGCAGCCACAGCCACCGUCCCAAGAGAAGUUCUACAGCAUGGCUGCCCAGAUCAAACUCCUAUUAGAAGUUCCUGAGAAGAUCUGGAGCUCCAUGGAAGCCUCUCAGUAUCUCCAUGCCACACAGCUCUACCUGCUCUGCUGCCACCUCCGCAGCCUGCUCCAGCUGGAUUCUUCUAGUUCCCAAUACAGUCCAAUCCUCUCCCGAUUUCCUAUACUCAUCCGGCAGGUAGCAGCAGCCAGCCACUUCCGGUCAGCCAUUCUGCGUGAAAGCAAGAUGCUGCUCAAAUGCCCAGCAGUGUCUGACCAAGCUGUAGCAGAAGCCCUCUGCUCCGUAAUGCUCUUGGAGGAGAGUUCCCCCCGCCAAGCCCUCACAGACUUCCUGAUGGCCAGAAAAGCAACUAUUCAGACACUUCUCAACCAACCCAACCAUGGUUCUGGUAUCAAGGCACAGUUUUGCUCAUUAGUGGAAUUGCUGGCCACCACUUUGAAUCAAGCACACGCCCUUUUCUACACUCCACCAGAAGGGCUGCUGCCAGAUCCAUCUCUGCCAUGCGGCCUGCUCUUCUCUACUCUGGAGACCGUCACAGGCCAGCAUCCUACUGGGAAGAGCAUCAGUGUCCUUCAAGGGGAGAUGAAACUGGACAGUUGGUUCAGACACCUGCCAUCAUCUGUCAUUGAGUUCCAGCCAGUGCUCCGAACCCUGGCACAUCCCAUCAGCCAGGAAUACCUGAGAGACACAUUGCAGAAAUGGAUUGCCAUGUGUAAUGAAGAUAUUAAGAAUGGGAUCACCAACCUGCUCUUGUACGUGAGGAGCAUGAAAGGGCUCGCAGGGAUCCGGGACGCCAUGUGGGAGCUACUUACCAAUGAGUCUGCCAGUCACAGCUGGGAGGUGGUGUGUCAGAGGCUCCUGGAGAAGCCAUUCCUGUUCUGGGAGGACAUGAUGCGGCAGCUGUUCCUGGAUCGCUUACAGACUCUGACAAAGGAAGGCUUUGAAUCCAUCUCCCGUAGCUCCAAAGAGCUCCUGGUCUCAGCUCUGCAGGAACUUGAAAGCACCACUGGCAAUUCCACAGCCAAUAAGCACAUCCACUUCGAGCAGAACAUGUCUCUGUUCCUCUGGUCUGAGAGCCCCACUGACCUGCCUUCUGAUGCUGCCUGGGUCAGCGUGGCAAAUCGACCCCGCUUAGCCAAUAGUGGCCUCUCCAUGAGAGCCCAGGCUAUUAGUCCUUGUGUACAGAACUUCUGUACUGCCUUGGAUUCCAAACUGAAGGUUAAACUGGAAGACCUCCUGGCCUACCUUCCUUCUGAUGAUGCUCCCCUGCCCAAGGAUGCCACCCCCAUGCAGCAGGCCAGGAACUCUGCCUUUGACCGAUAUGCAGAUGCGGGGACUGUGCAGGACAUGCUGCGGACUCACUCCAUGGCGUGCAUCAAGUAUAUCACAGACUGCAUCCAGGCAGAGCUGCAGAGCAUCGAGGGAGCUGUGCAAGGCCAGGAGAAUGUGCUCCGCAGCACCAAGCUGCACACAGUCCUUUUCAUGGCCAGACUUUGCCAGUCCUUGGGAGAACUGUGCCCCCAUCUGAAACAGUGCAUUGUGGGAAGGUCUAGGAGCACUGAGAAACCAGCAAGGGAGGUGAAGGCUCUGAGAAAGCAGGGAAAGGGGAAAGCUCAGGAUGCCCUUCACAUGCAGUCCCCGUGGCAGGAGGUUAAAGAAUUACUUCUCCAGCAGAGUGUGAUGGGGUACCGAGUCUGGAGCUCAGCAGUUGUGAACGUUCUGAUUCAUGGAUUCACCCAGUCAUUACUUUUAGAUGAUGCUGGCUCAGUCCUAGCCACGGCCACCAACUGGGAGGAACUAGAAAUUCAGGAGGAGGCAGAAUCCGGCAGCAGUGUCACAUCCAAGAUCCGACUCCCUUCCCAGCCAUCCUGGUACGUACAGUCCUUCCUGUUUAGCUUAUGCCAGGAAAUAAAUCGGAUUGGAGGCCACGCCCUGCCGAAGGUGACACUGCAGGAGAUGCUGAAAAGCUGCAUGGUUCAAGUAGUCACUGCCUAUGAGACACUUGCAGCAGAAAAGCAGGUGAAGAAAGAAGGCACAUUCCCACUGACCCAGAACUGGGCGCUGCAGCUCCUCUAUGACCUGCGCUACCUCAGCAUUGUCCUCACUACCAAGGAGGAGAUGAAGAGUGGCCACAGCAAGCCAGACUCCAGAAUUGAGAAAGUGACUGACCACUUGGAAGCACUCAUAGACCCCUUUGACCUGGAUGUGUUCACGCCAUUCCUCAACAGCAACCUUAAUCGCCUGGUGCAGCGCACUUCUGUUCUGUUUGGACUGGUUACUGGUACGGAGAACCAGUUCACCCCCCGCAGCAGUAUGUUCAACUCCCAGGAAGCCCAUAACAUCCUGCCACUGGCUUCAAGUCAGAUCAGGUUUGGCCUGCUUCCACUGAGCAUGACGAGCACACGGAAGGCUAAGUCCACCAGCAGAAGUGUUGAAACAAAAGCCCAGGUUGGCCCCCCGGCACUCUCCAGAGCAAGUGACCUGAUGCAGCCUGCCUCCCUCUUCAGACAGCUCAUCAGUGAGGAAGAUGAAACUUCUGCACCAUCAUUAUUCAAACUUGGCUGGCUCUCAAGUAUGACAAAAUAACACAGAAGCAUGCCCGUCUCCCUAAAUAAAUACUCCUUUAUUUCUCUGGAA